AUGAGUUCUUACGACCACGAUGUUGCGGAGGGGUCAUUCCCACGCCCGCUGAGGUCAUACGAAGGAGGGGUGGGAGGUCCCCGAAGACCCAGACCGGUGACCGACUAUGGCUCGUCAAUGGUGCAGUGGAUGCGGGUGCGCCAGCCUCGAUACAAAGGAUCACAUAGGUUGGAACGGGAAAGACCAAGCGCCAGCUACACUGUGGAUAUGCUCCCUCCCUUGGCCCGAAUCGAUUCACCUGUUGACACCAUCCCCGUUCGUCAUCUCCACCAAUCAAUCGGUAAAUCGAAGAAGCCUAUUACGGUCGUCAGAUGGACGCCGGAGGGACGACGGUUGUUGACAGGAGGCCACACUGGCGAGUUCAUGCUAUGGAAUGGUACAGCAUUCAAUUUUGAAACGGUUAUGGAUGCUCAUUAUGAUCAAUACCAGGCUGGCGUAACGUCCGCUGUGUGGUCCCACAGCCAUGACUGGCUGAUAUCCGGCGGUCAAAAGGGAGACAUUAAGUACUGGCGGCCCAACUUCAACAACGUCGAAACCGUCGACGACGCCCACCACGACGCCGUCAGGGAUUUGUCGUGGUGUCCAAGCGAUACGAAAUUCGUCUCUGCCUCUGACGACACGACACUGAAGAUCUUCGACUUCACCGCCCGCAUGUGCGAACUGGUGCUGACGGGCCACGGCUGGGAUGCAAAAUCGUGCGAUUGGCAUCCGUCCAAGGGCCUCCUGGUCUCCGGAUCCAAGGACCACCAGGUCAAGUUUUGGGACCCCCGCACCGGCCGGUGUCUGACUACCCUCCACAGCCAUAAGAAUACGGUCACUUGCACUAGAUUCUCGCGUGUGAACAGCAACCUACUGGCGACAUCAUCGCGGGACCAAAGCGCCCGCGUCUUCGAUCUACGGAUGAUGCGAGACAUAUGCAUUUUACGAGGACAUGAGAAGCCGAUAUCUUCCAUGACGUGGCACCCGAUUCAUAGUUCGCUUAUCUCUACGGGAAGUGAAGAUGGUUCAAUUCAUCAUUAUUUAUUGGAUGAGCAGAAUCUACCAGCUGGGCAGGUCCCCACUGUCGCGCCAUACGACAGCGCUGAUCCUGCUAACACCCCCGCCCAAGUUAUAUUCCCCGCUCAUCGUAUUCCCUAUGCCCAUUCGUCUACUAUAUGGACCCUCGAUUGGCAUCCCCUCGGCCACAUUCUGGCGUCCGGCUCCAAGGAUAAUUUUACCCGAUUUUGGUCCCGCGCCCGACCCGGCGAAACCAGCUAUCUGAAGGAUAGAUUCCACAUUGGCGAAGAAGCCGCAGAAGCCCAGGGAACUUGGAGCCGUGGCUUUGGCCGUCGACAGAUGAAGGAAGAAGAGGAGCAGGAACUUCAAGAUGAGGCGGAGGGACUUGUUGACCAGAAGAAGCGCGAUGCUCCAGUUCUUCUCGGAAUCCAGGGUGUUCCCGGGGGUGGAGAGAAUGUCGGGCUUCCAGGACUGAUACCAGGAAUUGGGGCAGUUCAGCCACCCCCGCCACCCCCUUCAGGUACGGUUUCAUCCAUAUCGCAAGUCGAACCGAGCCGUCUGGCGGCGAUGAUAUCUUCCGGCUCGUUUCCUCCGCCACAACUCGAAUCCUUACCACCGAACUUACGUCCGCCGACAUAUCCCAUGCCUGGUAUGCAGGGAGGUGGUCUCGCCCCACAUAUGGAUCUAUCAUCUUUACAAAACCAGUUCUUUUCUCAACAACAACAACAGCAUCAGCAGCAAUCCUAUACGUUCCAGCAAAACCAAAACUUUCCUACGCAGGGUGGCGGAGGCUUCACGUCUUCAGGAAUCCCUGGUCUUCAAGGCCAAGCCCCAACCGGCGACCCAAAUGAGGAUUUCACGAAUGGAAUAAGGAAACGCGGGCCUUUGCCAAGCCAGCAAGAUAGCUUAAUGGAAGAGCAACGACGGGGAAACUGGCGAAAUAUUAGAUAAAGGGAAAACAAGAAUAUCGUUUUGCCAUAUAUGUUAAACAGGCCUGUAAUAUAGAACGGGGUUGCGAUUUGAUUGUUUUAUCUCUUUUUUUUUGGAAAAGGGGGGAGGGCAUAAGGGGGAAUGAGAGGGAAAGUUUUACUUAGGUGAAAUAUCUGUUUUAUUUCUUAU